AUGGCGCUGGGCCUCUUUCUCCUGCUGGUCCCAGGAGGAGCCCAGAAGGGUCAGGCGGAGAACCUGAAGGCUGAGAUGGAACAGCUGCAGAGGACCUUGAUGACCGAGAUGGUCGUGGAGCAGCUGCAGACGAAACUGAUGGCUGAGGUCCAAGGGCUCCUGUCAGCCCAACAGAAGGCGCAGGCCGCGCAGGCCGCGCAGGCGGCAGACGCGCAGGCUGUGGCCCUGGAGGCCCUCCGCAAGGAAGCGAAGGAGUCUGCGGAGAAGCACCAGCAGAGCUUGCAGCAGAGCUUGCAGACCCUGCAGCAGAGCCUAGAAGCCAAGCACAAAGAGGAGAUCGCAGCCGUGCAGACUGCUUUGAGUGCUUCGGAGAAGAAGCUGGAGGAAUCCGCUGCGGCGGCGGCCAAAGCUAUCGAGGCUCAGCGGCAGCAGGACCAGCAGGGGCAGGCGGUGGCCCUGGAGGGACUGCGCAAGGAGCACCAGCAGAGCCUGCAGACCUUGCAGCAGAGCCUAGAAGCAAAGAACAAAGAGGAGAUCGCAGCCGUGCAGACUGCUUUGAGUGCUUCGGAGAAGAAGCUGGAGGAAUCCGCUGCGGCGGCGGCCAAAGCCAUGGAGGCUCAGCGGCAGCAGGACCAGCAGGGGCAGGCGGUGGCCCUGGAGGGACUGCGCAAGGAGCACCAGCAGAGCCUGCAGACCUUGCAGCAGAGCCUAGAAGCAAAGAACAAAGAGGAGAUCGCAGCCGUGCAGACUGCUUUGAGUGCUUCGGAGAAGAAAUUGGAGGAAUCCGCUGCGACGGCGGCCAAAGCCGUCGAGGCUCAGCGGCAGCAGGACCAGCAGGGACAGGCGGUGGCCCUGGAGGGACUGCGCAAGGAGCACCAGCAGAGCCUGCAGACCUUGCAGAAGAGCCUAGAAGCAAAGAACAAAGAGGAGAUCGCAGCCGUGCAGACUGCUUUGAGUGCUUCGGAGAAGAAACUGGAGGAAUCCGCCGCGGCGGCGGCCAAAGCCAUGGAGGCUCAGCGGCAGCAGGACCAGCAGGGGCAGGCGGUGGCCCUGGAGGGACUGCGCAAGGAGCACCAGCAGAGCCUGCAGACCUUGCAGAAGAGCCUAGAAGCAAAGAACAAAGAGGAGAUCGCAGCCGUGCAGACUGCUUUGAGUGCUUCGGAGAAGAAACUGGAGGAAUCCGCCGCGGCGGCGGCCAAAGCCAUGGAGGCUCAGCGGCAGCAGGACCAGCAGGGGCAGGCGGUGGCCCUGGAGGGACUGCGCAAGGAGCACCAGCAGAGCCUGCAGACCUUGCAGCAGAGCCUAGAAGCAAAGAACAAAGAGGAGAUCGCAGCCGUGCAGACUGCUUUGAGUGCUUCGGAGAAGAAAUUGGAAGAAUCCGCUGCGGCGGCGGCCAAAGCCAUCGAGGCUCAGCGGCAGCAGGACCAGCAGGGGCAGGCGGUGGCCCUGGAGGGACUGCGCAAGGAGCACCAGCAGAGCCUGCAGACCUUGCAGCAGAGCCUAGAAGCAAAGAACAAAGAGGAGAUCGCAGCCGUGCAGGCUGCUUUGAGUGCUUCGGAGAAGAGAUUGGAGGAAUCUGCGGCAACGGCCGCCAAAGCCAUCGAGGCCCAGCGCCAGGAGGACCAGCAGGGCCAGACGGCUGCAGUGACGAAGGCGCUCCAGGCCCUGAACGACUACAAGGCCAACGCCUCGAAGGCCUUGUGGCUCAUCACCAAGUCCUUGGACGCUCACAAGGAGGAGGUGGCCACAUCCUUCGAGUCUCAACAGAAGGCAGCGGAGGGCGGCUUCGGCACGCUGCGGGAGGAGCUCAGCAAGGGCCUCACGGAGUCCGCCUCUGCGCUGCUGAGCACGAAAAACCUUCUCGACUCCGACGUCCAGCAGCACCGACAAGAACUCGAGAAGAAGCUCGAGGCACAGCGGCAAGAGUCUGCAUUGGGCUUGGACGAGUACAAGAAGGAGGCCUCAGCAGUGAUGGCCAGCACGAGCGAGGCGCUGACGGCCCACCGCAUCUCAACGGAGAAGCAGAUGGAGGCGCAGGUGAAGGCUUUGUCAGAGCACCGCGAGGAGGCCUCGAAGCUUGUGGAGAGCUCCAAAGAGGUGUGCCAGAAGGGCACACAUGAAGCAAGGGAGGCGCUCCAGCAGACGUUGCUCGCCACCAAAGAAGGCCUGGAGAAGGCCCUGGGCGAGCACAAGGAGAAGGCUGAGCAGCAGGCCGAGCAGCAGAAGAAGGAACACGUGCAGCUCAGCAGCCAACUUGAGGAGCACCGGAAAACGCAAGCGGGACAGGCUGAGAAGGGAGAGCAAGCUUUGGCAAAGCAAGUGGCGGACCUGGCCCUUUUGGAAGGAAAGCUGGAGGCCAAGCAGAAGGAGAGCCAAAACGAGCUGGAGCUUUUACGAAAAGAGCUGAAGGAAGAGUUGAAGGCAAAGGAGGAGUCGACGGCAAAGGAGGCGAAGGCUUUGGAGGCGAAGCUCGAGGCCCAUGCAGCCUCCUUGGUUUCCUUCGAGGCCUACAAGAAGGCCAGCGCGGAGCAGUUCGAGGGCUACAAGGCCCGCUCCGCCUCCGAUGUCCAAAAGCUGGAGGAAAAGCUCAAAGAGCAACAAAGCUCCUUCCAGAAAGAGCUGAAGUCCCUCCAAGAGGCUUUGCAAAGCUUGAAGAAUGAGAAGAAGUAG